GACCGAACCAACCAGCUUAGCAAGGGUCGCCUGGUUUAGAGGCCUGGCCAAGCAGAGGCUACGCUGCCGUGGAAGAGGGAAAAAAAGUGCGCCGUCGCUGGCAUAUCCUCUGUCUCAAUCAUUGGCGAAGAGCUCUGCAAUUGGAGAAUCCUCAGAACUAUGAAGUUUUGAUGCUUCCUUCUAUUACAAAGUCUGUAAGAUCCAUCUUUCAUCAUCUGGAACAAAACACCUCUCAACAUCUUAUUCCAGUGAAAUUUUGCAGCAUGGUUUCUUCCACCAUUGUGGAAGUUACAAAACAGCAAGAAUCCGUUUCGGCUAAUGUGGGCAGUCGUUGCUCGGCAAAUGUCGGUGCCACUCCAGAUAUCGAAAAAAAAUAUGUGCACCAUGUUUAUAAUGACAUUGCUCAGCAUUUUAGCGCUACUAGAUUCGCUAAAUGGCCUAAAGUUGCCAGAUUUUUGAAUUCCUUGAGUCCUGGUUCUGUCAUCUUGGAUGUUGGUUGUGGAAAUGGCAAGUAUCUGGGCUUCAAUCCGAACUGCUUUUACAUAGGUUGUGAUAUCAGCCCACCUCUGAUCAAUAUAUGUGCAAGGAAUGGUCAUGAAGUUUUGGUUGCUGAUGCGGUUAAUCUACCUUAUAUAACUAAUUUUGGCGAUGUUGCUAUUUCUAUUGCCGUUCUUCAUCAUCUCAGCACAGAAAGUAGGAGGAGGAAGGCUAUAGAAGAGCUGAUUCGAGUGGUACGAAAAGGUGGAGUUGUUCUAAUCACUGUCUGGGCUGUAGAACAGGAGGAUGGUUCAUUAAUUUCAAAGUGGACACCACUUUCUGGGAAGUACAAUGAAGGAUGGGUAAGCUCUGGCUGUCCUCAAGUGCGUAAUUCUGCCACACAGAUGCUAGAACAGAUUCCAGAGACAAAUGAAGGUUGUAGAACAGAGAGAUCCAAAUAUCAUUUCACUGGUCCAGGAGAUGGUGAAACUGGUAGAAAGGACAAUAUGAUGGCUGCUUCUUUUUGUAAUGUAGUAAAUGAGCCUGCCAUUGCUUCUAGUAAUUGUAAAGCUGAUAUUAAUCAGGAAUACUUUGUUCCUUGGCAUUUGCCAUAUCAUCGUGCUGAAGUUAAUGGCGCUUCGACUGCAGCAAUUGCACAUGGAUUGGCAAAGAAAGAUGAUCGGAAGGGAGCUGUGGUUUAUAAUCGCUAUUAUCAUAUAUUUGCUGAAGGUGAACUUCAAAGGCUAGUUGCUGGCAUGGAUAAUGCAGAAACAGUUGAGGAGUUUUAUGAUAAAUCAAAUUGGUGCAUCAUUCUUCGGAAGAGAUGAGAUGAUUUCUUUUGAAAAGAACAAUAUUUGUGAAUUACAGAGCUGUCUUCGAAAUGCUUGCAAUGGUUGAUCCAGCUUGAUUUUCCAAAUCAAAGCAGUUUUUCAAUCCAUUGAUCUUCAACAUGGGUGUUUCGCCCAGAGAAUUCACUAGCUGAUAAGACCCUCCCGAGAAAACUAUCCAGUACGGUGCUUUCUGGUCUGCUCUUUUGGCGGUUGAUUGUGUUAUUGAAUGUCGUCCAGGAAAUGUCCAAGUCUUGAGUGUCAGCUUUUGUAAUUUUCAGAUUGAACUUAUUAUAUGUAUAUGUUUUAUAGAAAAGUUUGCGGUUCUACUCUGAAAACUUGCUUGUGUUAUUGAAUGAGUAAUGAGAAGAGACCAUGGGCAGUGAUGGUCAAAAUUUCUCCUCUUUUCUUUUA